AAAGGGCUUGAGUUAUUAUUUCAGCCCUCGUUGUGUUUCUAUUAAGAUCACAUGAUCUAGCGGCUAGCUGCUUUAUUAGCACAGUCUCUGGGAGUUGAACAGGAAACGCUGUGAGCUGACGUUAUUUGAGCUGCCAAACGAAAGAAAUCAUUAUAUUCAAAAUAUUUUUUUUAAUUGUUACCAUUAUUUUAGCAGCUAUCCGAUUAGAACUGCGAAGCACGUUAGGAGAAAUCGUCUCGAUAGAUGUUCUCUAUAUGGCUGCCAUCAUCAAAAUUAAGCAAAUGAGCAUGUGAUCUAAUACUGUGGCUAACAGCAUAUGAUCUGGCCCAGUGAAGGAAGACAACGUCAAACUGGGGUAAAACAGUUUCUCAGUGUUUGAUAAGUAGUUAGUAGCCAUGACGGCAAGGAAGUCCCUGCUUAAAGUCAUCUUGCUUGGUGAUGGUGGCGUUGGAAAGAGCUCCAUCAUGAAUCGGUACGUCACCAACAAGUUUGAUGCCCACCUCUUCCACACUAUUGGUGUUGAGUUCCUAAACAAGACCCUGGAGGUGGACGGGAAUCAGGUAACCCUACAGAUCUGGGACACUGCCGGCCAAGAGCGCUUUCGUAGCCUGAGGACUCCUUUUUAUCGUGGCUCCGAUUGCUGUCUGCUAACCUUCAGCGUGGAUGAUAACCAGAGUUUUCUCAACUUGAGCAACUGGAAGAAAGAGUUCAUCUACUAUGCUGAUGUCAAGGAGCCUGAGAACUUCCCAUUUGUGGUAUUGGGCAACAAAGUGGACGUGACAGAGAGGCAGGUGUCUACAGAGGAAGCUCAGAUGUGGUGCCAGGAAAAUGGUGACUACCCGUAUUUUGAGACCAGUGCCAAGGAUGCCACAAAUGUAGCUGUGGCUUUUGAGGAAGCAGUCCACAGAGCGCUGGCUGCAGAUGACAAAGCGGAUCACCUCAUCCCCACAGACACGGUCAAGCUCCACAGAAAGCCCCGCUCUGCCACUUCCUGCUGUUCAUAAAAUCCUGAAGCUAUCACUAAUAAUCCCCUGAUAUGCCUUUCAUGUUUUGAGGCUGUAGGCAUAAUAUGCUGUAGUAAUAAAUUAUGCUACUAGCUUUUUCUUUUAUUAUUAUUACUAUUUCUUCAAGGUUCAUUGAUGCCAAAUGCUGAACCUCUGCCCAGAAUACACAAGAAACACUAACUCCAUUCAUGACCAAUUACAAAUGAACUUUUGCAUUGAUUUAGCUUUGGCAUGUUUUAAAAUUCUUUAUGCAUUAAAAUAGUGAAUGUUCCAGUUUUCUGCUGUCAUAAUGACACACACUGCUUAGAUGUGAGUGCAAAUAUUAUCGGGCUUCCAAAUGUGAUUGUGCAACACAAUUACAGAAUUUAAUUGCAUCGUAUUAAAAUCAUUUGUAUCACCCAAUAACUGUUUCUAAUGAUUAUGAAUGAUCUAAAUCCCGUCUUUAGAAAAGCUAACCACAGAGACGUUUGAUUACUACCCCUUAAAACUGUAUAAUGUAUUUGCAUCAUAAAUAAAUUAAAGCCUUGUUGGAGAAACCGUCAUGAACAUGUUUCCUUCUGGGAAUAAACUUAAAGAAUAACUUGCAUGACAAAUUUGAGCCUUCAAGUUUCUGCAAAUCUUUGUAUUCUAAAGCCUAGAUGACAUACAAAAUUUUUUUUUUGUUAAAUAUGAAAGUUUUUUUCAGCCCUAUUUUAAAAAACUAAUCCUUAAUGCACUCUUGACAUGAAGAUCUCUAUUGAAGUUCUUUAGAAAAAAAAAAAUCAAAAUCUAGUGUAUCUGACCAAAACUAAUAUAGCAUCUUAAUGCUUGUAUAGAGUGCCAUGAUUCAACAAAUAAUCUGUGAAAUAUUUAUGUAUGUGAUACUUUAAAACUGGAAUAAACACAAAGUUGAAUACUUAUCUGAA